UGAUUUCAAACAGUUGCUUGUUGCCGUGGUAACGCAGUGACCACAAACUUAAUUGUUCUGAGCGCUGUUUUCAUACCUGAAUAGGAAUGAAAAUCUGUACCGUUAGUUUACUGAACUUGAUGUUUGACGUUUAAGUGAAGCCAUGUUAUCUGAGGCUCCGGGUCCUGAACCUUUGACUUCAAGAGCACCAUGGAAACCCUCGACCCCUGGAAAGGAUAUCAAAGAUUUACGGAUUCACCAGAGGCCACGUGGUGGAAAGAACCAUCGAAAAGCAUCCAGCCAGAGAAGCUGUCUCUUCGGGUUGGAACUGAACCCAGAGCUGGUCUGGGAGGACUGGGAGCUGGGCAGGGAGUUCACCAAGACAUUAGUGUUAAAGAAUAUUCAUAGCAAGCUGCAGAAACUACAUCUCAGGCCUACAAUGUCCAAGUUUUUCUCCACCAUCCCUCCUCAAAUAAUAGUUCUCAGCCCAGGGACUUCUUUCUCCAUGCCAGUCUGCUUCAGACCGCUGCAGAGGUGUGAGUAUGAAGACUGCAUUGAGUUUCAAGGUAAAGAUGGCAGCUUCCAAGUGUGUCUCCGUGCCAUCAUCCCCUGCCAUGCCCUGGAGGUGCCUGACUCCGUGCUGCUUCCACUCUGCGCUGUUCAAAACUCUUCCAAAACCAAUUUCCUGCUCAAAAAUGUCAGUAAACUCCAGACUUGCUUCCAGUGGAAGUGCACAGCGCCGUUCCAGCUAAGCCCCGAGCAAGGCCUGCUGAAGCCCAGCCAGGAGUGUCCAAUCACUGUGAUAUUUCGACCACAGGAGGCACUGGUGUACCAGCAACAAGCAAGCUGCAGAUUUGGAGAAGGGGACGAGGCAAAGAGCUGCUGCAAUGUGCUUCUACAGGGACUAGCCAAAUACCCAUUUCUUCAGCUGAGAGCUCCAGGUACCACCGAUGAAAAAGAACAGUGUCUUCCAGAGCUGCACUUUGGCUCUUUGCCUAUCGGACAAAGUUUGCAGAAACCCUUUGACAUCUUCAACCCUUCCCCGGUAACUGCUUCAUUCUCCCUCUCACGAUCGUCCAGUGGGCUCCAUAUGUUGGACUCAGAGUUCAGCUGUGAUGUUACCACGGGUCAGGUGGCAGCUGGAGGAUCACUACGGGCUUUUGUCACCUACACUCCUGCUGAGGUGGAUACUGUCUCUGUGGAGUACUUGUCUCUAAAAUGUAGAGGCGCAUUGAGUGAAACUACCCUCAAGCUCAUUGGGAACUGUGUAGGUCCCAACGUUUCUCUGACCUCCUCCGUGCUGGACUUCGGCUGUGUUGAGGAAGGGGGAGCAGUUGUACAGACACUGGAGCUGGUUAAUUCUGCGCCCGUUGAGGCUUUCUACCAUUGGGACCUGGACUGCACGGGGAAUAGUGUGUUCAGCAUACAGCCAGCAAGUGGCACUGUAUGCCCACACAGCCACAUCACACUCAAGGCCGCCUACAAGCCCACGCAGCCUAUUGCACAUCACAGGAGAGUGACAUGCAUCAUACUGCACAGGGACCCCAUGUUCCUUGACCUGAUUGGUACCUGUCACUCAGAGCUCCGGCAACCAGUGAUACUGAAACCCGAGCACUUGGUUCUUUACAAGCUCCACUGGUCCCGCAGACUGGACCCGCAGGGCAGUCUCACAGCCAUGCAGCAAGACAAUAAAGUAGGCUUUGACCGAGAAGGAAUGCUCUGCCCAGAGGGGGAGCAGUCACACCGCGCACAGGACAACAGAACCCCCAUGGAGGAAUAUUAUGAGUCCUGCUUGGGUUGCGUGGAUCCCCUCAGUUCUUUGUCCUCCCCACAUGUAUCCGUGGAGCCCAGUGAGCUUCUGUUUAAUCACAAACUAGCCUCCUCUUUGUCGCCUACAUCCACAUUUUCUCAGCCUGUAUCCAUCACCAACCACACAAGGGGGGAACUCAGCCUGGUGUGGACUGCCACCCGAGACUCUCCGUUCACUGUCUCGCCCUCAUCGUGCGACCUGGCUCCUCUAAAAUCCACUUCAUUCAGAGUGACCUACGACCCCAAGCAGCUCAAUACUCUGCACGGGGCGCAACUUGAGUGCUUUGCAUACAAUAAGGGCAACCCUCAGAUAGAAGGUCGCCUGCUGUGCCCACCGUGGUGUGUGACUGUCCGAGUCAUAGGCCAUUCAUUUCAGCAGAGCAAAGAGCAUUUCAUCCCGCGCUGCUCCUUGCAGCCUCCUCGAGUGGUGUUUCCUGCCCUUAGUGUCCUUUCCUAUCGGACAGUGCUCUUCAGGAAUUGUGGAGACCUUCCCCUCUCCUUCUGUUUGGACCACAGCUCAACGCCUGCCUUGGCCGAAUCGGUGUCUGUGGUGCCAAGCUGCGGUCUAAUCCAGCCUGGCAAACACCAAAUCCUCACCCUCAGAACAACGCCCUCAGAAGACACUCCCAAACGGGGAUUCAGUUUACACCUCCCAGCUGAAUGCCAGCUAAAGACACAAAAGAAACUGACAGUUGUCAGUGUGGUGGAAAAGCUGUGUGUCUCUCUGGGAGGAGACAACCGUUUGUAUUUCCAGCCGACAGCUGUGGGCUCUCGGACGCGGCGUUCCCACCACAUCAGGAACCUCGGCCGAGUAGCGCUGCGAUUCCAAUGGAGCAUUCCGGAGCCAGACCAGGAGCUUAUCUUUGUUGAACCAGAUGCUGGGGAACUGCAUCCCAACGAGAGCUCAGUCCAGAUAUGGUCCUUCAGCCCACUUUGUGAAAAAACCUACACGCUGAAACCUACUCUCAGCUUCUGGCCGAUCCAGACUCCUGGAUGUAACAAGUCACACCUCACACUCGAAGUGGUGGGGUCGGGCUCUAAAGGAUCAAUAGAGGCACAGAAAGCCGUUGUGGAUGUGGGAGACAUUCUGGUUGGAAGCUGUCGGGCGAUUCAGGUUCCUCUGGUGAACAACAGCCCCUGUCCUGUUUCCUUUUGUCUCUCUGUACAGCAGAUGCUUCUGGAUGAGGAUCUUACUUAUGACCCCGGGACUGAACCAAAAGCCCUACGGCUUGACUGUGAGAGGGGGACUAUCGUGUCACACUCCAAAGUGCUGCUCCAGUCCACUGUCAGACCACACAGACGAGCCCGGUACCUGUGGACCAUCAGCUACCAGAUGCUGAAUUCCAGUGGAAUCGGGUCUUCCCCUUCCCAAGCAGUGUGUGAAGUGCUAGCCACAGGCGUGUUUCCCACACUGCGAGUGAUUGAUUGUUGCGGUGGAGGCAGUGUGGGAAGACUCAGCAAGGUGCACUUGUGGAAGCUCUUCUCACUGGACAGCCUCAAUGAGCACAUGCUGUGCAACACGUCCCCUGCCGGGAUUGCUUACAGGGCCACUACUAGAAACAGUCUGAGCAGUUGUGCUUCAGUCUUCUUCAAAACUACGUUGGCGUGCAACUUCAGUGCCAGUCCCCUGAAUUCAGAGCCCUCCGUUUUUGUGUUGAUGUUUCACAACCCGGGCUCCGUCCCCGUAGACUGGGCCUUCUUGUUUCCAGCAGACCAGCAGCUAGAGAUGGAAUACUGGGCAGAGACUGGAGAGUUUAGCAGCACUGAACUCUCCCAGAUGAAGGUUAAAGACAAUCGUCUGUUUGUCAUUUCUCCUCGUUGUGGCACUUUGCUCCCCGGCCAGCAGAGGGCAGUGCACUUCACCUACAGCCACGACUUCGUAGGGACGGACCGGUUUCCUGUCACGCUCAAACUUCCAAACGGCGAGAUCUUGCUGAACCUUCAGGGGUCGACGUUGGAAAAAGACACGCCCUGUCUCCACUUUGACUCCAGACAACAUGUCUUCACCUCCGUCUCUAUUGAGGACAGUGCUCCACCGAAGCAGGUGUAUGAACUAAACAAUUGUGGUGCAGUGCCAGUCCGUUACGAGGUGGACGUGACUGCAUUGGCCCGGCUAAAGGUGGACAACUUUAACCAUCCAGUGCUGGUCUGCCUCAAUCCGGAGGGAACGGCGCAUCCUGGGAAGACGGCCAUGCUGGAAUGGAUCUUUUCUCCAUUGGAGGCUAAGAUGUACCACAUGGAUGUUUCUAUUAGUGUCCAGGAUGGAGACUCCACACUGGUGAGGUUUGAAGGAUGUGGGUUUGAUUCUCCCACGAAGCCAUUUAAGUGCAGCGAUAGUGAGGCCUCUGAACCCUGCGUCAAGAGAGUGCCCUUCCCGGGACAGGUGGUAUGUCUGUCGGAGGACAGCGUCUCUCUUGGCAACAUCCCAGUCUGCUCGCGAUCUUCAAGGAUCCUCUUCCUAACCAACUUGUCCCACACGGACUCUGUGCACUAUAGAUGGGACGAGCAGAGCUGUGAGCAGGUGGUGCAGAUCCAUCCAAAACGAGGAGUUCUGUCUCCAGAAGAAAGUGCCCUUUGUGUCCUUACCUUCACCUCAACUGACUACCCCACUUGUUAUCAGCUGGAUGUCAUCUGCCAGAUGAUCCAGGAAAACGCGCUGACUCAACAUCGUGAUGCUCUGCAGAGUUGGGAGGAAGAGAAAGAGAGACGGCAAAAUGAAUUCACUCUCACGGAUACGAAUCUUACAGAAAUCGAAGGAUUUCCAAUGGAUGAGGAACCUGUAUCCGUUCCAGUAGGAAAAGGGCCGCCACUCAGGAAAUACAAGACUCUCCCGCCCCUCUUUGCCAAGAUGACGAGAGCCGAGCGGCGAGCCCAGCGAGAAACCACAAAGUCAUCGCGGCGCCCUGAACCCCCCCGACCAGCGCUGCUGCAUCUCGGGCUCACAGCACAUUCCCACCUUCCACACCUCCCCGACCAGUCCCGUGAGCACCGCAGACGCUUCCAGUCAGUCAAGCCCCGACAACCUGAGAGCACUAAGUCGAGCACUUCCUGUCCCGCUGGGCCCCCCUCAAGGACGCGUGGCCCGGAGAAAGACAUCACCACGCAUGUACUCACCUCUCUGCUCAGGGACAUACUGGAGGACCCAGACUUCAUCCUUUCUCUGACUGCAUUGUCAUCGAGGCCCAUUACCUACCAGCUUUUUUCCUCUCACGGCUCCUCGCCUCCAUCCUCCCUCCCUCCUCCUCGUCGUCCAGUCUAGACUUCCCCCCGUUUUCUCUAACUUACACCCGACCCCCAGAUCCGUCAAGUGGGACGGCGCAGCGGGAAAGAACAGCGCGGCACAGCGGACAGCGAGGGAACCGCGGCGCGUUGGAGAAAUAACUCACCAACCCAAAGCACAGCGCACGCUGAGCACGUGCCUGCUGACCUGAGUGAGGAGGUCCUGCUGAACACCCUCCAGAACCUGAUGAUGGAAGCCGUCAGAGGAGAACUUGUCCUCACAGCGCGGCCCCGCGCUGUUAUCCAGCCACCUGUUUGUACCAGAACCAGGAAGAUGUCCAAAGCAAUGGCACAGGAGAGAGAAAUCUGGAAGGAUGGAGAAGAACCUGCAGGGAAAUGAGUCUUAACGUCUAGCAAACGUUCCACUUCCCUUUUUGAUAUGUUAAAUGUUCCCACCAUUCACUUUAAAAUGACAUCUUGUAUACUAGAUUUAAUUUCACAUUGCAUUUGUGUGACAUUUUGCAAGACUGCUGGGUGACAUCUUGAUGCAAUAGUAUAAUUACCAGCCAAAGUACCAUAAUAUUAGCAUUAUAUUGCAGUGUCUGACUUGAUUCUCCAAUCUUAUUGCACACAACCAUUAAAUAUCCUAUCAACAGGUUGUUCCUGUUAUUAUUUUUUCCCACUGCGGUCACAGUGUUGAUGUUUGUGUAAUCAAGUUGCCAACAAUAGAGUCAAUAACAGCAUUGGUAUAAGUAGGGGUGUUUCCUAAUCCUAAUAAUAAUACACGGUAUAACUUU